AGCGGUUUGUUUACAUCGUUUGACAGCUGUUCAUGCAUCACAACAAAGCUGCACGCAUCUUUCCACUUUCGGCUCGCUGUUUGCGGUGUUCUGUUCCUGCAACGAUGGCCUCCAGGGACGAAUCUGCGUUCGAAAUCACAAUCACCAACUUUAGCAUCUGCUGCCGGCUAUGCCUAUCGUCGAACGAUUCCGAACAUUACUUCGAUAUCUCCAACACCUCGUUAGCGUCCCAGAACGAUAUCACCAUAAUCGAAGCGAUACAGAAAGUCACCAACAGUGAGAUACUUUUGAGCGAUAAGCUUCCCACAAAAAUCUGCAAAUUAUGUUCCACCCGGCUGGACGACGCGUACUGCUUCAUCCGCGAUUUCUUUCGCACCAACGAGAUGCUGCAAAAUUUCCUCUACAACGAAGAGCCCGACCGUUUCGCGGACGAUGAUCAAAUCGCCGACAGCUAUUCCGUGGUGGAAAGUGACGAACAAGGGGACGCCGUGACGGAAAUGGAGCUGGGCGAUUUAGCGCUCAGAGAGCAGCGGAUAUUCGUUGAGGAAGGUGACGAACCACAUCCCACCGAUCCUAGCAGCGGCGAUUGUUUACAAGAGGAAAAGCGCGAUCUAACGGCCGUCGAAUUCAUCCUGCAAAAGAUCGGCACAAAACGACCGGCAAAACCGCGGAUCGAUAACCGGACGUCCGUGCGCACGGCGAGACAUGCUUGCACGCUGUGCGAAAAGACCUUCAUGCGCCGCUCGAACCUGAUCGAUCAUUUGCGGCUGCACGCGAAGGUAAAGAUGUACGAGUGCGACUACUGUGACAAGCGGUUCGUGCAGUCCGGCAAUCUAAAGUCACACCUGCGGACACACACGGCGGAAAAGCCGUUCGAGUGCGGCAUCUGCGGCAAGUCGUUCACCCAGUCGAGCUCGCUCAAAACGCACAUGCUCACGCACACGAACGUAAAGCCGUACGUGUGCGACGUGUGCGACAAGGGCUUUACGAGCAGUUCCGACCUUAGCAAGCACAAGCGAACGCACACGGGCGUUAAGCCGUACCAGUGCAUCAUCUGUCCGGAUCGGCAGUUUACGCAGAAGGUGCACCUGCGCAACCAUCUGGCCCGGAUGCACCCGACCAGCAACAUUUCCCAAGCGAUCGAGUUGGGCGACUUUAACGCGGAAAAACGAACGAUCGUUUAGCGUUUCGUUGGCCGCAAAUGUUGUUAAUUUUUCAAUUAGGGAUUGUAUUACUAAUUUAAAAAGCAAGGCCCAGUACAGAUGUUUGAUCAUCGAAUCACUUACCUCACUCAAUAAAAACCACUGUGGUUUUGGAAAUGGAUGCUUCA